GCGAAAUUGGAGCUUCGACACCAAAAUGAAGUAGCGGCUGCCCCGGGGCUGAAGGAAAUGAAAAGCCCUUUGGAGACCCUCCAUCAUUUGGAAUGGGUGGCAGAACAGCUAGAUGAGCAGCGAGUGCAAAUGGACCAACGUCACCAAGACGAACUCAGAGCCCUUGAAGAUUCUGGACCUGACGGGCCCCAGCAAAAGGAUUCCGACUUGAUCCAGCUGCAGCUGCUGCAUGACAACGAAUCGCUGCAAAUGACAAGGCUUUUGAAGGAGCAGGAAGCGAAACUGAUGCACAAGAAAAAGUUGCACGAAAAGUUUGAAGCCGGAGCAGAUACAAGCAAUGAGAUUGAGGGCGCCGAGGA